GCCACAGUUAUCUGUCUCCAGCUGCAAUUCUAAAAUCCAACUAUAAAAACAGCCAUAAAAUAGUGGUAUUGAUGAGGGGUGUUUUUGCAUGAAGAUCGUUGGAAAGGCUUGUUGUAGCUAGCGGCAGAAACAUCAGCGGCAGAAAGAGAGGAGAGAGAGCGAGGGGUGUUGGUCUGAUGGGUAAAUGAAAGUGGGUGGGCCUACCGCGGACACAUUACUAACUUGAAUUAGAAUACAUUUUUCCAGUCGAUUUUUCCGUUAAUGGAAUUAACGCGCGUCGGUCGUUAAAGGGUGUUUUCGGUUGGUUUUGAGAAGCGUCGGGCGCGGAAACCGGACCAUUUCCCGUUAUCACGGGAGGUUUGAUUGUCGCUCGAGUUUUGUACCGCCCUUCCUGCCGAGUGGGUGGUUUAGGUGCUAACCGGAGCGACGACACAGCCCAGCUCGAGCUAUUCGCGGAGAAAAAAGGCCGUCCUUACCCGGUGCUUUAGCCGGCCUUUCUCCCCUAGCCUCUCCUCUCUGGUUUAUGAAUGCGUUAUGAGUGAUCAGAAGAAGGAAGUGUCGGGAUCAGAAGGAGGGAAACCAGGCAAGAAAGGCAAACGUUCUGGAUCACAGGAUUCCCAGCCGUCUCCCCUAGCCCUACUGGCUGCGACCUGCAGUAAGAUAGGAGGUCAGGGAGGAGUGGAAGGACAGGUCCAGUUGCAAGCUGGUCAAAUACAGUUGCAGGGUGGGCAGAUCCAGGGUCAUAUAGUUGUAGACGCAGCAGGUAAUCAGACUCUGGUUCAGCAGCAGUUAGAACUGGUUCCUGCCCAGUUCACUGGUAAUGGCUGGCAGAUCAUCACUACCGCUCCCCAAAUGGCCAAUGACACUGCCAAUCAACCUGUCGCCGUAACGCUGGCCACCACUUCCACCAAUGACAGUGCUCCGGCAGGCCGUAAGGCGAAGGCAGUGGGCGGGACUAAAACCAUAGCAGCCAAUCAGCAGCCCCAGCAGCAGCAGCAGUUCCAGAUCAUCCAGGUGCAAAAUAUGCCUUCGUCGGGGGGUGGGGUCCAAUACCAGGUGAUCCCCCACCUGCAGACGUCAGACGGCCAACAGAUCCACAUCAGCCCCCAGACCGCAUCCCUGGGGGGGCAGCACAUCCAGAUCAGUUCGGCCCAGGGCGGUCUACCAGAGCAGGUCCAGCUGAUCCAAACCCAGAACCAGUCCCAGGCCAUCCUACAACCGGCCAACCAGCAGGCCAUCCUCACUGGCUCAGCCAAUCAGACGUUGCAGCUUCGUCCAGCCCAAUCCUUCCCGCUACAGAUGCAGACCUUACAGGGCUCCCAGACCCAGGUAAUGACUACAGUACCCAUAAACAUCGGCGGUAUGACCCUCGCCCUGCCGGUCAUGAAUAAUUUAGCGGGGGGCGGAGCCGUGCAGCUUAUCCAAGCAGCCGAUGGCAGCUUUACCGUAGCUAACAGUAACCAGCUGGUGACAACAACGGCGGCGGUGUCCGGGGCAGCUACCGGAUCAUCUGGGGGUACCAUAACAACUGUUGCCGGGUGCGAUGGAGCAUUGUCGGACGGAACACAGCUGAGUUCUGUAGCCGGGUCGGACGGAGGGGCGGAGAGAGACUCACAGAACCAACCCAGCGAACAGAACUCACAGAUGAGCCAGGCCAACGGACUACAGGGCCAAUCAGAUCCUCCAGGGACCAUCCAGCAGGUCAUCGUGGGACAGAUGGGCAACCAGGUGUUGCAGCAGAUCCAAAUCCAGCCACAGAACCAGAUCCAAGGCCAGCCGCAUCAGAUCCAAACCUUUCAGUUAGGACCAGGCGGGACCCUACAGCCCAUACAAGCCUUCCAGAACCAACAGGUUCUGAUCCGUACCCCAACCCUCUCCUCGUCGGGCCAGAUCACAUGGCAGACUCUGCAGCUCCCUGGGGGGAUGUCUGUGCCCCAGCAGCUGACCCUGGCCCCUGUGGGCGGAGGGGCUGUGGGAGGAGGGGGCUUCGUGCAGCUGGGGGGGGCUCCCCUGACGCUGAGUGCAGCUCAGAUCAACCCUGGGUCGGGAGUGCAGACGGUCAACAUCGCUGGACUGGGCACCGCUGGGGUACAGAUGCAGGGGGUACCCCUCACCAUCACCGGACUACAGGGUCAGCCGCAGGGUCAGGAGGGCGGGGUUAAGGUCCAGUCGUCCCCAGUAAAGGUAACCAUGGGUAACGUGGCGGGGUCGUCGCUAAGCCCAGACCAGAUGGGUUCUGUCCAGAGUUCGUCAGACCAGGAAGGACCACCCAGCAAGAGGCUUCGCAGGGUGGCGUGCUCCUGUCCGAACUGCAGGGACGGAGAGGGGAGGACCAGUGGAGACCCAUCUAAGAAGAAGCAGCAUGUGUGUCACAUGGAGGGCUGUGGAAAGGUCUACGGUAAGACCAGUCUGUACUGUGGAAAGGUCUACGGUAAGACCAGUCUGUACUGUGGAAAGGUCUACGGUAAGACCAGUCUGUACUGUGGAAAGGUAUACGGUAAGACCAGUCUGUACUGUGGAAAGGUCUACGGUAAGACCAGUCUGUACUGUGGAAAGGUCUACGGUAAGACCAGCCUGUACUGUGGAAAGGUCUACGGUAAGACCAGCCUGUACUGUGGAAAGGUCUACGGUAAGACCAGCCUGUACUGUGGAAAGGUCUACGGUAAGACCAGUCUGUACUGUGGAAAGGUCUACGGUAAGACCAGUCUGUACUGUGGAAAGGUCUACGGUAAGACCAGCCUGUACUGUGGAAAGGUCUACGGUAAGACCAGCCUGUACUGUGGAAAGGUCUACGGUAAGACCAGCCUGUACUGUGGAAAGGUCUACUGUAAGACCAGCCUGUACUGUGGAAAGGUCUACGGUAAGACCAGCCUGUACUGUGGAAAGGUCUACGGUAAGACCAGCCUGUACUGUGGAAAGGUCUACGGUAAGACCAGCCUGUACUGUGGAAAGGUCUACGGUAAGACCAGCCUGUACUGUGGAAAGGUAUACGGUAAGACCAGUCUGUACUGUGGAAAGGUCUACGGUAAGACCAGCCUGUACUGUGGAAAGGUCUACGGUAAGACCAGUCACCUGAGAGCUCACCUCCGCUGGCACACAGGAGAACGACCCUUCGUCUGCAACUGGAUCUUCUGUGGCAAGAGGUUCACACGCUCGGAUGAACUGCAGAGACACAGACGGACACACACAGGUGAGAAGAGGUUUGAGUGUCCAGAGUGCAGUAAGCGUUUCAUGCGUAGCGACCAUCUCUCCAAACACAUCAAAACCCACCAGAACAAGAAGGGAGGGGCUUCUCUCACCAUCAUCACCACUGAAGACAUGGAAGAUUCCAACCAGGGUUUAGGCUCCUCCCCUCGCAUCGUAACUGUGGAGACACUCUCCCAGGACUCCGCCCCUGCCACUCCAACAGCCUCCUCGCCCAAUCAAAUGGAGGGAGAAGAGGAGGAGGAGGAAGAGGAGGAGUUUGAGUAGUGACCAGUGACCACUUCCUGUUUAGGGAUAAAGCAGGGAGAGCUAAAUUCCUGGUUGGUCUCCAUGGUUAUGCUGUGGCUGUGGAGGUCAGGUGGUCUAUUUUUUUUAAAUGUUGUUUUCAAAAAGAAGAGAAAUAUGAUGAACUGAAUAUUACAUAAACAGAGGGAGGAAUCUGAAUCUAAACUAAUGAAUUAAUCUAACGACAGACUAAAGGUAUGAAUUAGUUGAAUGGUGUUUAUAACAGAACAGAGGUCAGGGUAAAAGGUAUAAUAUAGAUUUAUAAUCUAAACUUGCACCCUAUCCCUUAUAUAGUGCACUACUUUUGGCCAGAGCCUUCUGAGUAGUUUAUGUAGGGAGGAGAAUGCCAUUUUGGAUAGGCUAAUUAAACUAGCACAAGACAGAACCCUGGAGUUGUAAAACAUCAAGAAGAGACAUUGGUUGUGUCCCAAAUAGCUAGGGUGCCAUUUGAAACACAGCAAUUGUAUCUCUAUGCACAAAGAUGUUCCUCUGCUAAUGCUGUAAUGAUGAUUAUGAUGAAGAAACAUGAUAUGUGGCACGGUCCAGACUGUAGGACAGACAGGUGAGAGGAGCAGGGACAGGUGUGUGUAUGUGCGUACGUGUGUGUGUUUGAGAGUGUGUGACGAUGUAUCCCGGUUCAACAGGACUGUAGUUCAGGUAAAGACCAGUCUGAUAAACUCUUACUGAAGAAAGACCAGAAAAAGAGGAAUAGACCUCUAAAGGGUCAGGAAAAGCACAUAGAACAUAUGUAUAAAUGAUGCAUUCCUAUAGAAACGCUCUGCAUUUGAAAUAUUAAUCGUUUCUAUAAAACAAACAAUCUAGCUUUCUGCAACAGGCUGUUUAGUGAAAGCAAUACUAUAAGACAAUCCUAGUGAAACCAUGUUUACAUUAAUGACAGUAGAGGAAAAGGUUUCGCUGGUAUGAAACAGCCAGUCAGCUCACAGCGUUAAAGGUGCACUCAGCAAUAUGACAUCAUCAUAACACAGCGGGGUGAUUUCCUGCUUGAUGCCAUAUUGCUGAGUGCACCUUUAAGAAGUAGCUUUCCUGGGGUUGGUGGGUGGGUAAGACAGUGUCAAUAAGCAGUACUAAUGUCAAAACACACGGUGCUCCCACUGAUACUCAGAGCAGCAGCUGUUUGUACUAGAACCAGUUUAGAAUAGGGCAGUAAAUGUGACUCAAUCAUCGUAUCUGAACCCUAAACUUGUAUAAAGUAUCAACGUCUGAGAUAAACAAUAUGCAUUCCAGUAAUUAGACAUAUUUCAAAUAAUAUAUAUUCACGAUAUUUCAAGUGAUUAGAGAUACUCUAUUAACAGUGGUAGAGUUCCAGUGUGAUUGGACGUUGGUGCUGCUUUCUCUGCAUUGUGAAGGUAGAGCCCCCUGUGUGUGAGUCUUGGUACUACAACGCCUUAAAACAAGCAGUAUUACACACACGCACACAUACACACAUGUAGUGGGGGGAAGGGUGAGGCAUGGAGAGAAGGGGUUGUGGCAGGGUGGAUGUUAUUACUAUGUGGUUGUUAUGACAAGUGUCUGGUGAUGUUGCUCUAUGUUAGUGUCAGUGCAUACGUUUUGAAUUGUACUUUAGCUCUUUAUUUUCUUAACCCCCCCAGUACAUUUUGACACAGAUGAUUACUGUGUCCAGCUAAUCGAUUAUCUGUUCUAUUUUAAUAUCUGCCUUUUGCUGGAGUGUAUCGUACGCGUUGAACAGAGGUGUGUGUGCAGCAUGUUGCCUUUUAGUGCUGUUCUCUCUAUUUCAUUCAUCCUAAACUUAUUUUGCUACGUCGGUCGUUGUCAUGACUGCAGCCCGUCAUUUCUACUACUCUUAACGCGUCAUAAUAUGUUUUUUUUUUAAAUAACAUGAAAGCAAAACGUUCAUAAAAAUAUUUGAAAAUUAAAUGGUUGAAUUACCAACCAGAUGUGGAUGUUUUCGGUAAUAUUUUGUGUGACAACCAGUUUUCUUUCAUAUUUUCUAGUGACAUCUCAUUUGUAAAAUGUUUUUCUAAGCAGUCUGUUGGAUCUCCAUGAUGAUUGAUAAAUCUGGCCUCCAAGGCUGCAGGUUCUUGAUUAUUGAUAUUUUAUUGAUAUUUUUAAAUCAACUUUGUACAAAUGUGUUGUGUGACUGGGGUUAAAGAAGUGAAAAGAGAAAAAAAGACUUUGCCUGCAUAACACUUUAAAUAAAGUGCUGAAAUCAGUCUAAA